CAGACGACACACUUACAAACCCAAGUAACAGCGCAUGCGUACUACGCGCUAUAAUAGACGCGCGGGUCCGUAGCUCCAAAUUAAUGUUCAACAUGAAGCGCUUUUCGUUGAUGUUUGGUUUACUGUGUGCAACAUCCCUUUCAACUGUGCUGGGCGUAGAUCUAACUAUUGAUGAAGGAGGAAGUGGAGCUGAGGUUGUGUUAGCCACCGUCACCAAAAUCGAAAGUAGCGGAAUAUUCUGCUCGUCGGAUAAGCGUGUUUUGCGAAGAAUUGCUUUCGUCGAGACAAGAGAUGGAGCUGAUCAGCUCCUCGAGCCUAACGGUGGCGUCUGGAACGUUCCAAUGGAGGCGUUUUCAAUUAUCCAGCGCGAUCCGGUUCUAGCUGUACUAAGAGAUGAAAUAAACUCUGCUUUUACCACCGAGUUGGCUGCAUUAGGCGUCGAAAGAUGGGAGGACCUAGAAUGGAGAGAUCUCACCAAGCCACUGCUCUCAGGUCUGGCAGCGAGGCUGAUGAUCAGUCUCGCAGUAGAGCGUAACGGAAGUCUACCUACAUCAAGCGAUGUCAGAGGUCAGGCUUUGUUCUGGAAGGCGUGGUAUAACACGAGUGGAGAUGUGGAUAAAUUUGUCUCUGAUGUUGAGCAGCUUGAAAAGGGCGAAAGUUGCACAAUAAAAUCAGAUGUCAUUUUUGUUCUCGAUUCGUCAGGAAGUGUUGGACGUGAAAAUUAUCGUGAGGCUGUCAAUUUCACUUUCAGAUUUGUUGAGGCCCUUGACAUUGGUCCAGAAGACAACAGAGUAGGGGUGGUAAUUUACAGCUCUCAUGGUCACACUAUAUUCAAUUUGAAUAAUUACACAGAAAAAGGAGAAAUGCUAGAAGCGAUUGAAAGUAUCCCUUACAUAGAUGGAGGUACAAACACAGCAGAUGGACUGUGUCUCUUGCUUGAAGGAUUUAGUGAAGAGAACGGUGCGAGACUGUCUGAAGGCGGUGUGUUUAGGUUGGCUGUCGUAAUGACGGACGGACAUUCAAAUCGUAUUACGUCAGAUUGCAACUACACCUCUACCAUUGAAGCUGCUGAGGCAGUCCACGAUUUCUCUCACCCUAUCUUAGUGUUUGCUAUUGGUGUAACCAACGGUGUUAAUGACGAAGAGCUCAAGGCCAUUGCUAGUAGAGAUGACUACAUUACGUACUUGGAUAAUUUCAACGAAUAUCUCUUCAGAGAAACAAGUGAUGAACAAACAUAUGAAUUGUGUGAAAGAGCUACCAUCCCAGUUGAGGUUGGACAGCAGGUGGGCUCACUCCCCAGAGGAGGAAGAGUGCGCUAUGAAUUACAAGUGCCUGUGGAUGGCGUGACUGUCAAUCUCUGCGUGAAUAUAGGCACUGUCCUCUUCUACGGGUCCUUUACCGUUCCGAAUCCCAAUUCCGCACUGUACGAUUACAUUAAGGAGGUUGAAAGUAGAGGCGGGAAUACAUGUGGGGACGUUUUUAUACAACCACAAGUCGAACUUUCCACUAUUAACCGAGUUAAACGUCGUGCUAACGAUAGGGUCUCCCCAAUAAAUGCUACUACUACUGCUAAUCUGUAUAUUUCUCUGGAGGGAACGGGAGACCAGAAUAUGUUUGUCCUGGAAACCUCUGUUGGUGAUAACACAUGUCCAGGAGACUCGAAUGAGGAGUUCCCAGUGAUAGUGAUAACAGCACUAACGAUCACUGGAGUGAUAGUUCUCCUUUCUUCGGCCACAUGCGUAAUUGUUGCCAUCUGUCUGUAUAAGAAAGACCAGAGAGACUGAUGGCAUACUUGAAACACUAGCUAUGUAUAUUAUACCAGUCUAUAGCAAUAGCUCAAUGCAUUUUGAGUUUACUCAUGCAUGGUCGUGAUUGAUAUAUAAUGUUGUAGCAGUUUUUAUUUGGACACCCUUGCUCCGUGAUUGUUUCAUACUCAACAUGCAUAAUUUUCAUG